AUGGAUAUUGAUAUGAAUUCAACAGUAACUGUGGAUUCUUUAUUGAAUUCAUAUCCAUCAUUAAAACGAGUUCCUGAUAAAGAUCGCAUUAAAUGCAGUUGGACUCAACAUGAAAUGCCAGCUCGUGUUGAUGCCAUGGAAAAAUAUAUUCAAGGAAAAAAAUAUCAACAAUUAUUAAAGAAAAAAGUUGAUAGUGAUGAUUUGGAAAAAUAUAAAGAAUUCUUGGAACCAAGUACUAAAAAGAAUCAUGAGAAACAAUUAUUUUGCAAAUUAACAUGGCGUCAUCUAAAUAAAGAGCCACAUCACAUCAUGAAGCAUAUUGAAGGAAAAAAAUUUAAACGUGCUUAUGCUAAAUGGCAAGAAUGUCAAGUGAAUGGAAUAGAAUAUACUUCUGUUGGUAAAAAAAAGAAGAAACAACAAACAGUAGCCGAAGGUGAUGAUAAUGAUGAUUACGUGGAUUUAAGCGAUGAUGAAAUCGUUAUUGACGACGAUGACGAUGAUGAUCUAUCAGAUUUAUAUCCUGAUUUUCGUCGUUUACGUGCUAGUGAUGUAAAAGCGCGAACAGCUGCAGUAGAAAAUGAUGCUGAUGAUAAGAGUGGAACAAAAAGAAAAGCAGAAGCUUCACAAAUUAAAAAACCGAAAAAACUUGCAGCACCAAGUUCAAAACGUGUUCGAAAAUCAGAAGAGACAACGACUAAUGGUGAUGUUUUAGUUAAAUCAACAAAAACAAUGACUAUUACUAUCUAA